AUGGCACCGCAAAAGGACACCAUGUUCCGCUCGGCGGACAUGUCCUUGACCCAGCUCUACAUUGCCAACGAGAUUGGCCGCGAGGUUGUCUCUGCGCUUGGAGAGCUCGGCGUCAUGGACUUCAGAGAUCUCAAUGCCGAGACGACUGCCUUCCAGCGCACCUUCACGCAGGAGAUCCGCCGCCUCGACAACGUGGAGCGCCAGCUGCGCUACUUCCACGCCCAGAUGGACAAGGCAGACAUUGCGAUGCGCUCCAUCUACGACUUCAACAACCCCUUCACCUCCCCCUCGGCCUCCGAGAUCGACGAGCUUGCCGACAAGAGCCAGAGCCUGGAACAGCGCAUCGCCUCCCUCAACGAGAGCUACGAGACGCUGAAGAAGCGCGAGGUGGAACUGACAGAGUGGCGCUGGGUGCUGAGAGAGGCUGGCGGCUUCUUCGACCGCGCCCGGGGGCAGACCGAAGAGAUCAGGCAGUCUCUUGACGAUGACGACGAUGCGCCUCUCCUCCGCGAUGUGGAGCAGAACGGCUCGGGCGAUGCCUCAGCCGAGCGAUCCUUCACCGUCAUGAACAUUGGUUUCGUUGCUGGUGUUAUCCCUCGCGAGCGCAUUGCCGCUUUUGAGAGGAUCUUGUGGCGUACGCUUCGUGGCAACCUGUACAUGAACCAGUCCGAGAUCCCCGAGCCCAUCAUCAACCCCGAGACCAACGAGGAGACCAGCAAGAACGUCUUCAUCAUUUUCGCUCACGGUAAGGAGAUCAUCGCCAAGAUCCGCAAGAUCUCCGAAUCUCUCGGCGCCGACCUGUACAGUGUCGAUGAGAACAGCGAGCUGCGCCGCGACCAGAUCCGUGAAGUCAACACACGUCUGAGCGACCUGGCCAGCGUACUGCGCAACACCAAGUCAACACUGGAUGCGGAGUUGACCGCCAUUGGUCGUAACCUGGCGGCCUGGAUGGUAGUCAUCAAGAAGGAGAAGGCUACCUACGAGACGCUGAACAGGUUUUCAUACGACCACCAACGCAAAACCCUCAUUGCAGAAGCCUGGGCCCCGACUAGCUCCCUUGAUCUCAUCAAGUCCACUCUUUCCGACGUUAACGAGCGCGCUGGAUUGUCAGUACCAACCAUUGUCAACCAGAUCAAGACGACGAAGACGCCGCCCACCUACUUCAAGGUCAACAGAUUCACCAAUGGUUUCCAGACCAUCAUCGACGCUUAUGGAACCAUCAAGUACCGCGAAGUCAACCCUGCGCUGCCCGCCAUCGUUACCUUCCCCUUCAUGUUCGCUGUCAUGUUUGGUGAUGCUGGUCACGGUAUCAUCCUUCUGUGCGCGGCUUUGGCUAUGAUCUACUACGAGCGCAGACUGGAGCGCAGCAAGCUCGACGAGCUGUUCUCUAUGAUGUUUUACGGUCGUUACAUUGUCUUCAUGAUGGGUCUCUUCUCCAUCUACACUGGUCUGAUCUACUGCGACGCCUUCUCCCUCGGUCUUCCCUGGUUCAAGUCUAUGUGGGUCUGGGACAACGAUGGCAAGGGUCCUACUGCUUCUCGCGUCGAAGGCUACACCUACCCCUUUGGCCUGGAUUACCGCUGGCACGACACUGAGAACGACCUGCUCUUCUCCAACAGUUACAAGAUGAAGCUCAGUAUUCUUCUUGGUUGGUGCCACAUGACCUUCUCGCUCAUGUGGUCGCUCGUCAAUGCACGCUACUUCAAGACACCCAUCGACAUCUGGGGUAACUUUGUGCCUGGCAUGAUCUUCUUCCAGUCCAUCUUUGGAUAUUUGUCCUUCUCAAUUGUGUACAAGUGGUCUAUCGACUGGGCCGCCAAGGGACAAGACCCUCCUUCUCUGCUGAACAUGCUGAUCUACAUGUUCUUGCAACCCGGUACCCUUGAGAACCCCGACCAGCCAUUGUACCCUGGCCAGGCUACCGUACAGGUCAUCCUUUUACUGAUGGCUCUUGUCUGCGUCCCUAUUCUUCUCUUCUUGAAGCCUUUCUACCUCCGCUGGGAGCACAACAGGGCUAAGGCUUUGGGCUACCGUGGCAUUGGCGAGUCCGCUCGCGUCAGCGCCUUGGACGACGAGGAUGAAGACACGAACGGUAACGCCAACGGUGGACGCGAGAGCUUUGGAGACGAUGAUGACGGCAUUGCAAUGAUCACUCAAGACAUUGGUCACGGUGAAGAGCAUGAGGAAUUUGACUUUGGCGAGAUCAUGAUCCACCAGGUCAUCCACACCAUCGAAUUCUGCCUCAACUGCGUCUCUCACACCGCCUCUUAUCUCCGUCUCUGGGCCCUCUCUCUCGCUCAUCAGCGUCUCUCCAUCGUUCUUUGGGAGAUGACUAUGAAGAACGCCUUCACUCACACCGGUGUCGUUGGUUCGAUUCUUAUGGUGUUCAUCUUCGGUUUCUGGUUCGUGCUCACCGUCAUGGUUCUUUGUGUUAUGGAGGGUACGAGUGCCAUGUUGCAUUCGCUGCGUCUGCACUGGGUCGAGGCUAUGAGCAAGCAUUUCAUUGGUGAUGGUGUGCCGUUUGAGCCGUUCAGCUUCAAGGUCCUGCUUGAGGAGGAUCCGGUGGAGUAG